AUGUGUACGACUAAUGCCCUUAUGAUCGCAGCAGUCGCUGAAGCUGAAUCUUUUAAUCAAACACGACGAGGGGGUUCUCGACCGGGGCAUGCAUCGAAUGAGGAGCGAUUUAGGGAAUCAAGAGGCAAAAACAUGAUGGAAGAUUACUUUGUUCAGCAUCCAGUUUUCAGUGAUGAGGAAUUCCGGACACGCUACAGGAUGAGUCACAAUGUUUUCAACCGCAUCUCCAGUGACCUUUGUCGCUAUGUCACAUACUUUGUCCAGAAAUCAGAUGCUGCUAAGAAAGUCGGACUACUUCCUGAGCAGAAGCUGACAUGUUCCUUAAGAAUGCUUGCUUACGGUGCUGGGGCAGACCAAUGCGCUAAGUAUUGUUGGAUGGCGAAAUCUACCUCUAUCGAGGCUCUUAAACGAUUUACAAGAGGAAUCGUUAAUCUAUACUUGGCAGAAUAUGUAAUACCCCGAAAAAUCUAA